AUGGACAAUAAUAGAGAUAUAAAUGAAUCCAGGGAUGACCCUGACAACAAUACCAAUACAAGCACCAAUAACAACACUGGUAACAAUGACAGUAACAACACUACCACCAACACCACCAACACCACCACAAACCCUAAUAGAAGUCAUAGAGUAGAUAUGGGAAUAUUUGAACGGUUUAUUGACGUCCUUUUAGGACCAAGAAGAAAUAACUCACAUUAUGUUACUUGGACACAAGCUAGUCCGCCUAGAUCUACACCACCGUCACGGAUUUCAAAUGAUAUAUCAGAAGAACUCACCAAUGAGAAUAUACGAAGAGAGCAAGAGGAAAAUGAAAGACAAACCGCAUCUACUGACCAACCAAACAAUUCCUCUCCACCCGAGGUACCUCCUGCUGCUAAUAGCAACCCUAAUAAUAAUAAUAAUAAUGCAGAUACCCCACCCACUAAUAAUGACACUACCGAUGCCGAUGAUCCAAAUCGUGCUAUUGUAAUCACGGUAAAUUACGUAUUUUCCGAUGAAAAUCAACCCAAUAAUCCUAACAGAGCCGGUUCUCUCGUCAUGUCAUUACCCAACAACGCGUCAAAUCGUGAUCCGCGUGUCAUACAAGAGUUUAUUAGAUUGGCCACACAAUUAGCAUAUACUUCAAUUUUGAAUGGAGUUCACAACCAGAAGGGUAUUACAUUAAAGACAUUUUCAAGUUUCCCGGGUAUAAAAUUACAGGAACUAGAUGAAAGUAAUAUAUGUUCGAUUUGUUUUGAAGUAUAUGAAGCAUUGCAUGUUGACACGGAGGAAGAUAACGAAGAUGAAACGAUAUCUCACAAAAAGAGAAGAUUACACGAUCUGUCAACAUUUACUACUGCAAGUUCAACAAAUCUGAGGUCGGACACAGCAGAUACUGAGAAUAAUAAUAAUAAUAAUAAUAAUAAUAACCAACCAGUUUUCCUUGCUGAAUUGACUGAGAAAUUCAACCAUAUUCCUAUCAAGAUGCCCUGUGGACAUAUUUUCGGCAAGGAUUGUUUAUGUGAAUGGUUAAAGGAACAUACUACUUGUCCAUUAUGUAGGUACAAAGUCGAAGAAACCGAACAAACUCGUCCAGUACCUCCACAAACUCAAGAAGCUAGAAAUUUUACCAUAUUUACCCUUCCAGGCGAAAACAGUCCCGUUACUAGUCCUACUAAUGUAACUGUUCAAAAUAAUAUUUCAAAUACACCAUCAACAGAACAAGAAACGGCCCCAGAACAACCAGUGCGUCUACCUUCACCAGUGCCAGCAACACGUCCAGCAUCAACACCUCCUGCACCAACACUUCUGCCUAGAACAACUAGCCAUCCACCAAUUCGAAGAUUACUAAGAAGUGCUGGAGGUGGAUGGAGAGAGUCUACUGAACCAGUAUCCGCGAAUGAUCCAUUAAAUCAUGUGAUUGAAUAUUUAACUAGACAAAGAACACUUCGAACCCCACCUUCGGAACCAUUAUUCCCCACUGGAAUGACUAGUAGAAGAACUGCCAAUGGGAUUGAAACUAGACUGACUGAUGACGACAUUGUUGAUGGUAUGGAGUUAAGAAGCUUGUUUGAUGAUUCUCCUAUCCCUCGUGAUGAUCUGAAUAGUAAUGAGUCGAGAGAAAAUGAACUGGAUGAAUCUAGCAAUAGAGAUAAUGAACCAUCUAAUGAUUCUAGAGAAAACGAACAUUCUCACGAGUAA